UUCGUAUAAAGCUGAAGCUAACGUUAUUCACGAAUUGAGUAAACAUCUAAUUCAAUUCAAUUGAGAGGCAGCAAAGUCAGUCCAUCAAUGGUGGACAAAGCUUCUUCUUCGUCUUUCUUGUUUUUGUGGUCCAAGUCGGCUUGGGUCGAAGCCCGAACAACUUGCAAUCACCUGGCUUCUUUGUCUUCUGAUCUCACCCACUUUCCCACUCUAGACACUCCCUGCAACAGGUGCCACCACCCCGAUGAUAAUUGGUUAUGUUUAUGCUGUAAGGAUGUUCUUUGCAGCCGUUAUGUGAACAAUCAUAUGCUCGAUCACUUUCAGCAGAGCAAACAUUGUGUGGCACUAGGCUACAGUGAUCUGUCAGUUUGGUGUCACCUGUGUAAUGCAUAUUUAGAUGCUCAAGUGAUUUUGCCACUGCGUCCUGUUUAUGAAACUGUUUACAAACUGAAAUUUGGUGAAGCACGUGAAUCCCCACCAUCUCAGGCAAUUGAAUAUUUGCAGAUAGAGGAUAAGAUUGAAUAUUUGCAGAUAGAGGAUAAGAAAGCUGAGGUCCCAACUUCAGGCACCGAAGCUAGAAGAACAUUGCGUGAUGUUAAACCAUUGCAUUACCUUUUCAAGAUUGAGUCCUUCUCUCUCCUUCUGGAAACAGAAAUUGAAAAUUUUGAAUCAGGUGUUUUCGAAGCUGGUGGCUAUAAAUGGAAAUUGUCUUUCUAUCCAAAUGGGCAAGAUCACAUUUCACUAUACCUGGUUAUAUCGGAUACUAAUAAUCUUCCUUGUGGUUGGGAGGUUAAUGUGAACUUUAGAUUAUUCGUCUUUGAUCAUAUACGUGACAAGUACUUAACUAUUGAAGAUGCUGAACAAGUAAGGCGCUUCCAUGGGUCGAAGACUAAAUGGGGUUUUGAGAAAUUUCUCUCUCUCAAAGAGUUCCUAAAUCCAUCAAAUGGGUAUCUCAUAGAUGACUCAUGUGUAUUUGGAGCAGAGGUUUUCCAUAUGAAAUUUGCCGGCGAAGGUGAGUGUCUGUCCAUGACAAAGUUAGUAAGUGACAAAUUUUACACUUGGAAGGUUGAUAAAUUUUCAGCAUUAAGUGAAGAAUGUCUACGUUCCAAGGAGUUUAAGUUUGGAGGGCGGAACUGGGAGCUUGUGCUCUAUCCCAAGGGAAAUGGAAUUUCAAAAGACGUAUAUCUAUCUCUGUCUCUUGGAGUAGCUGUAUCUGAAAAACCCGCCCUUAAAUCCAAUCUGUAUGCAAAAUACAAGUUAAGGAUAAAGGACCAAGUCAAUGGUAAACACGAUGAAGUGGAAGAUAGUUCCUUGUUCUGUUCCACUGGUAGUGAAUGGGUAUACAGAAGCUUCACUUCUUUAAGUCAUCUCUAUGACAAAUCAAAGGGCUUCUUAGUGAACGAUUCUUUAAUUAUUGAAGCAGAGUUUUUGUUGUUGUCUGAGACUAAGAAUUUCAAAUAAAAAGAGUUCCAUUAUGUCUUCAAAGAAAAAGAAACAAGAUAAUUGGAGAUGGGCUCUCUCUCUUCAUCAAGUGUAGUAAGUCUUCUUGUUUUGCCCUAGUACAACUGAUCAUUAUAGUUAGCAUUCCAGACUUUCAGUGUGAGAUUAUGCAAAUCUCAUUGUCCAAACACAUCUCAUCGUGUUUGUUAAUUUGUAUUGUUGGCAUUCCAGACUCUCAGUGUGGGAGAUUAUGCAAAUCUCAUUGUCGAAACACAUCUCAUCAUGUUUGUAGAUUUGUAUUGUUGGUGCAUGUGGAAUUCCAAAAUUGGAAUACUGAUCCAACUUGUUGAAUGCACGGUAGUUGUCUGGAAGACGACCUCAAACUAACCCAAAC